AUGGAUGACAGGGAUUACCACGAUCUUGCUAAUGACAAAGACUGGGCCUCCAAGUAUAUCCUGGGGCCUUUAUAUGACCCCGAGCCAAACCAAGUUUGCGCAUCAAGUGCUCCACAAAAUGUCUCUGCUUCUUCAGCCUCAGUCCGUGCCCCUAGCACUCCCCGGUGGGCUCGAGGGUCUAGGUUCAGUGGACACGGAGAUCAACCUCUCGUGCUCGAUGAUGACGACAGUGGCCAGGAGCCCAGCCUAAUCCGACGACUCAUGAGCCGCUCCAAAGGAGACUCUCAACCACAACCCCCCCCCCGUGCUUAUCAACCCAUGUCCUCCACCCGUGCCUGGAAUCAAGGCACAAUCAUGGCCCGGGAAGACAGCACUCGGACAUCAAUGCUUUUCCACAAGCAUCGCCGGACUGUCUCCCUUCCGGAACGCUUUCCCGGCGAUGAGUCAAAUCGUCCACUGGCUAUCCUAACGCGGGAGUACCAAGCAGCCGAGGAACGGCCCCUGUCACGGAAACGGAUCAGUGAUCACCCGCCUGCCGUUCAUGAAGUACAAGAGGAUCAGGUCACUGAAGUCGUGGACCCGGAUAAAAUCGAUUACCUCGACAUGUCAGCGCCGAUCCCUGGGCUGUUUUAUCACCAUGGAGGGCCGUAUGAUGCUGCGCAGGUGGCUAGGAAGAGAAGCCACGGGGUUGCUGUUCAUCAGCGGAGCGUGAGCUAUGCUGGACCGGAGCUAGAAGAUUUGCUUAAUGGCGAAAGCGCGGUUCUUGGUUGGCGGGAUGAUUUGAUCGUGGAGGAAGAGGAGGAUGAUAAGCUUGAAGGGGAAAAGAGGCCUGGUCCACGCAAAAGGAAGGGGUCUUCGGGGAGAGGGAAAACAUUAAAGGAGAAGAUAAAGAGACGGCUGAAUGUUUUACGGAGGAAGACGCUCUGA